AUGCCCGCUGCCAGCCCCUCUCAGUCGCCUCUCAGCCCCUCUCAGUCCCUCUCAGUCCGCCCUCAGUACCCUUUCUGUCCCUCUCAGUCCCUUUCAGUCCCCCUCAGCCCCUCUAGUCCCCGCUCAAGUCCCUUUGAGGUCCCUCUCAGCCCCUCUCAGUCCCCCUUCAGUCCUUUCAGAUUCCUUUCAGUCCCUUUGAGUCCUCCAGCCGCUCUCACACCCUGCCACCCCUCUCAAGUCCCUACUCAGUCCCUUUACAGUGAGUCACCCAUAUCACUCAAGUCAGUCCCUCAGUCAAGAUCAGCCCCCUCUACCCGCCUCAACCCCAUCUUCCUUCAUCUCCCUCUCAGUCCCCUGUAG